GCCCAGGUGACUGGGGCCGCCGCCGCCGCCGCCGCCCGCCGGACCAGGUUUCUUUACAAGUAGUUGAAGACAGUAAUUCAAAAUGCCUGAAAAUCCUGCUACAGAUAAACUGCAGGUCCUGCAGGUUCUCGAUCGCCUGACAACGAAGUUGCAGGAGAAGGGCGACACAUCGCAGAACGAGCAGCUGUCUGUGUUUUAUGAGACACUGAGGAGUCCUGCCUUCAACCAGAUACUCACGCUUCAGCAGUCCAUCAAGCAGCUGAAGGGGCAGCUCAGCCAUAUACCCUCAGAUUGUUCAGCCAACUUUGAUUUUUCUAGGAAAGGUUUAUUAGUGUUCACGGAUGGUGCCAUUACGAACGGGAAUGCCCACAGGUCCUCUAAUAACUUGACUGUGUCUGGGUUAUUUCCUUGGACCCCUAAGUCAGGAAAUGAAGACUUUAACUCAAUUAUUCAGCAGAUGGCUCAGGGCCGGCAAGUCGAGUACAUCGAGAUAGAACGGCCCUCCGAGGGAGGCCUGGGGUUCAGUGUGGUGGCCGUGAGGAGUCAGCCUCUGGCAGCAGUGGACAUCUUUGUGAAGGAGGUGCAGCCGGGGAGUGUGGUGGACAGGGAUCAAAGGUUAAAGGAAAAUGACCAAAUAUUGGCUAUUAAUCACACACCACUGGACCAGAGCAUUUCUCACCAGCAGGCAAUCGCAUUAUUACAGCAAACCACUGGACCUUUGCGUCUGGUCGUGGCGAGGGAGCCAGUCCACACAAAAAGUGGUACUUCCACCAGCCUACCCGAUACAACCCUGCCGGGAACGGUUCGCUGGGGCCAUAUUGAAGAUGUUGAGCUCAUUAAUGACGGCUCUGGAUUAGGUUUUGGAAUAGUUGGAGGAAAAUCAAGUGGUGUGGUCGUGAGGACUAUAGUUCCUGGAGGAUUAGCAGAUCGAGAUGGAAGACUCCAGACAGGGGACCACAUCCUGAAGAUUGGCGGCACUGACGUGCAGGGCAUGACGAGUGAGCAGGUUGCACAAGUGCUCAGGAAUUGUGGGGACUCGGUCAGAAUGCUUGUUGCCAGAGACCCAGUCGAUGAAGUCUUUGUAACCCCUCCCAUCCCUGCCACCUCGCCUGUUGCCCUGUCUGCCGUCGCCAACAGCAGUCCGAGCUCUGACAAUUCUACUCUUUUUGAAACUUAUAAUGUUGAACUCAUUAAAAAAGAUGGACAGAGUCUUGGAAUUAGAAUUGUUGGCUAUGUUGGAACCCCAAAUACAGGGGAAGCCUCAGGGAUUUAUGUGAAAAGUAUCAUACCUGGCAGCGCAGCGUACCACAAUGGCCAGAUUCAAGUGAACGACAGAAUAGUGGCUGUCGACGGUAUGAAUAUUCAGGGUUUUGCCAACCAGGAUGUCGUCGAGGUGUUACGAAGUGCAGGGCAGGUGGUGCGUCUGACUCUAGCUCGAAGGAAGACGCCCUGGUCUGCUGCUCCACGUGAGUGGCCCUCAGACAGAGGAGCUGUUUUAGAACCACCGAAAACACCAGCCCUCUUUCUCUCUGGAGCAGUGGAAACGGAAACUAAUUUGGACGGUGAAGAUGAGGAAACUGAAGAGAGAAUAGGUAAUCUAAGAAAUGACAACGUACAAGCCUUAAAGAGAUGGGAAAGAGUCCCAGACUUGCCAGAAAAUGAGCUGAAAUCCAGAUGGGAAAACCUAUUGGGCCCUGAUUAUGAAGUAAUGGUUGCUACCUUGGACACACAGAUUGCAGAUGAUGCUGAGUUACAGAAAUAUUCAAAGCUGCUGCCCAUCCACACCUUGAGGCUUGGCAUGGAAGUGGAUUCCUUUGAUGGACACCAUUACAUCUCUUCGAUUGCGCCAGGUGGUCCUGUUGAUACGCUGAACCUCCUACAGCCAGAGGAUGAGCUUCUCGAGGUCAACGGUGUGCAGCUCUACGGGAAAUCUCGCCGAGAAGCAGUCUCCUUCCUUAAAGAAGUGCCGCCCCCCUUUGUCUUGGUCUGCUGUCGGCGGCUGUUUGACGAUGAAGCCUCUGUGGAUGAACCGAGGGCCCCCGAAGCCUCUCCUCCCAAGACGCAGGCUGACCACAAUAUAGACGUGAAUCUUGAAGACGACGAUGACGGGGAAUUAGCACUGUGGUCUCCUGAAGUCAAGAUUGUGGAACUAGUAAAAGAUCAUAAAGGCUUGGGAUUCAGCAUUCUGGAUUACCAGGACCCCUUGGAUCCCACGAGAUCAGUGAUUGUGAUCCGCUCCCUGGUGGUGGACGGCGUCGCAGACAGAGGUGGGGAACUACUGCCUGGAGACCGCCUGGUCUCGGUCAACGAACACAGUUUGGACAACAGCACCCUUGCUGAAGCUGUGGAGGUGUUGAAAGCUGUGCCGCCAGGCACGGUGCGCCUUGGCAUCUGUAAGCCUUUGGUGGAAGAUGAUAAAGAGGAAGAAAGUCAUUAUAUUUUACAGUCAAACAAUCAUGAAGACGAGACUGAUAUUUCAGGAACAAUUCAUGAUAUAAAUUCAUCUUUAAUACUUGAAGCACCCAAGGGAUUUAGAGAUGAGCCCUAUUUUAAAGAAGAACUUGUGGACGAACCAUUUCUAGAUUUGGGAAAGUCUUUCCAGUCCCAACAGAAAGAGAUCGACAACAGCAAGGAGGCCUGGGAAAUGCAGGAAUUUCUGACUCCUGGACUGCAGGAAAUGGGUGAGGAGAGGGAAAUGCUUGUAGAUGACCAGUACGAGCUGUAUCAGGCUGGCCGUCAGUCCGUGGAGUCGUAUUCCUCGCCGCACGUCCAGGAGGCCGCUCCGGUUCCGGCGGUGGAGGAGCUUCACUUCGGUGCGCAGUGGUUACUUGAUGGUGAGCCUCCUGAGCCUCGAGAAGCAAGGUCUGCGAUGAGCAUGUACUCCCAGGAGGCGCAGCAGUGUGGCUGUGGCACCGAAGACCUGAUGAAAGAAAAUUUUGGCAUCGAUUCCCCACCCUCCAUGCCCUCAACUGAAGGGAGCAGUCAACAAGGCAGAUUUGAUGGUCUGGAAAAUCUUAAUUCAUUAACAAAAAGCAGUCUGGAUUUAGGCAUGGUGAUUCCGAAGGAUGUCCAGGGUCCUAGCUUGCUCCUUGAACUUCCUGCUGUGGCUCAAAGAAGGGAUCAGGAAGAUCUGCCUUUAUACCAACUCCCCGGGACCCGAGGUGUUUCCAAGGCCUCAGUGUACACAGGAAUGUUAUCUUCUAGAUAUGCCACUGAUACAUGUGAGUUACCUGAGAGAGAAGAAGGUGAAGGAGAAGAAACGCCAAACUUCAGCCACUGGGGUCCACCAAGAAUUGUUGAGAUUUUCAGAGAACCCAACGUGUCUCUUGGUAUUAGUAUUGUCGGUGGACAAACCGUUAUAAAACGCCUGAAGAAUGGAGAGGAGCUUAAAGGAAUAUUUAUCAAGCAAGUUCUAGAAGACAGCCCGGCAGGGAAAACAAACGCUCUUAAAACUGGAGAUAAAAUACUUGAGGUGUCUGGAGUAGAUUUGCAGAAUGCCUCGCACAGAGAAGCAGUCGAGGCCAUUAAGAAUGCAGGAAACCCUGUGGUGUUCGUCGUUCAGAGCUUGUCAUCCACUCCGAGAGUCAUUCCUAGUGUGCAUAACAAGGCCAACAAAAUCGCUAAUAACCAGGACCAGGACACCCAAGACAAAAAAGAAAAGAGGCGAGGAACUGCCCCACCUCCAAUGAAGCUGCCGCCUCCUUAUAAAGCUCCAUGUGGUGACAGCGAUGGAGAGGAAGAUGAAGACGCAUUUACCAACAAAAAAAUCAGACAAAGAUAUGCAGACCUGCCUGGAGAAUUGCACAUUAUUGAACUUGAAAAGGAUAAGAAUGGACUUGGACUCAGCCUUGCUGGUAAUAGAGACAGGUCACGCCUGAGCAUCUUUGUGGUGGGAAUUAACCCAGAAGGACCUGCUGCCACGGACGGACGAAUGCGUAUUGGAGAUGAACUCUUAGAGAUAAACAAUCAGAUCCUGUAUGGAAGAAGUCACCAAAAUGCAUCUGCCAUUAUUAAGACUGCCCCGUCGAAGGUCAAGCUGGUUUUCAUCAGAAAUGAAGAUGCGGUCCACCAGAUGGCUGUUACUCCCUUUCCGUUACCGUCCACUCCUCCAUCUUCUGUUGAGGGUCAGAGCUGCACCGAGCCUGUUAGUGGUGAGGAAGACGGCAGUCUCAAAGUUGGUGUUAAACAGUUGCCUGAAAGUGGAAGCUCCAACCUGGAAGACAUCUCCCAGGUGGUCGGUCAAGGAGUGGUGGCAGGUCAGCAGAAGGUGCUGGAGUGCCCAGCUGACGAGGCUGUCAGUCAGAUGAAACAGCAAAAGUAUUCGACGCAAGUCUCCUUCGGUUCACAAGACAUGCCUUUAGCACCAGCGCCAUCGUACCAUUCCACAGACGCCGACUUCCCAGGCUAUGGCAGUUUCCAGGCUCCUCUGUCAGUGGACCCUGCCACGUGUCCCAUUGUCCCCGGCCAGGAGAUGAUUAUAGAAAUAUCCAAGGGACGUUCAGGGCUGGGUCUCAGCAUCGUGGGAGGAAAAGACACCCCCUUGGAUGCUAUCGUGAUACACGAAGUCUACGAGGAAGGAGCAGCGGCCAGAGACGGACGACUGUGGGCGGGCGACCAGAUACUGGAGGUUAACGGGGUGGACCUGAGGAGUGCCAGCCACGAGGAAGCCAUCACAGCCCUGAGGCAGACCCCCCAGCAGGUACGGCUGGUGGUGUACAGAGACGAGGCACACUACAGGGAUGAGGAGAACUUGGAGAUUUUCCCUGUGGAUCUGCAGAAGAAGGCUGGCCGAGGACUGGGCCUGAGCAUCGUCGGGAAACGAAGUGGAAACGGAGUGUUUAUUUCUGACAUCGUGAAAGGUGGAGCUGCAGCCCUGGACGGGAGGUUGAUUCAGGGAGACCAGAUCCUAUCUGUGAAUGGGGAGGACAUGAGAAGUGCCUCACAGGAGACAGUGGCCACUGUCCUCAAGUGUGCACAGGGGCUUGUGCAGCUAGAGAUUGGAAGACUCCGAGCUGGCUCCUGGACCUCCUCGAGGAAGACAUCACAGAUCAGUCAGGGGGCUCAGCACAGCACGCACAGCAGCUGUCACCCGUCCCUGGCUCCUGUCCUCACCAGCCUGCAAGGCCUGGUUGGCACGAAAAGAGCCUCUGAUCCUCCCCCCCAGGACUCAGGCGCAGAUACGGGACCCAGGACCGUUGAGAUAAUCAGGGAGCUCAGUGAUGCCCUGGGAAUCAGCAUUGCUGGAGGAAAAGGCAGUCCCUUGGGAGACAUCCCAAUAUUCAUUGCCAUGAUUCAGGCCAGCGGUGUAGCUGCGCGUACACAGAAGCUAAAGGUUGGAGAUCGGAUUGUCAGCAUUAAUGGGCAGCCUUUGGAUGGGCUGUCGCAUGCGGAUGUGGUUGGUCUGCUGAAGAACGCCUACGGGCGCGUUAUCCUGCAGGUUGUAGCAGAUACCAAUAUAAGCGCCAUAGCAACUCAACUUGAAAAUAUAUCCACAGGCUACCACCUCAGCUCACCCAGUGCUGAGCAGCAUCCGGAAGACACAGAAACACCUCCACCUAAGAUUAUUACUUUGGAGAAAGGCUCUGAAGGAUUGGGGUUUAGUAUUGUAGGGGGUUAUGGAAGUCCCCAUGGAGACCUGCCAAUUUAUGUCAAGACUAUAUUUGCAAAGGGAGCAGCUGCAGACGACGGCCAGCUGAAGCGGGGUGAUCAGGUUUUAGCUGUUAAUGGCGAGACUCUGGAAGGUGUAACUCAUGAGCAAGCGGUGGCCAUUCUAAAACGCCAGAGAGGGACUGUGAUCUUAACUGUGCUGUCGUGAGUCCGGGGUCCCGAUCACGAGGUAGAUGAUGUUGUAGACUAGCCCUAGGAGGAUGAAGUUCUGAACGAGGACGAAAAGCAGCCUCAGCUCAAGUCCACCUUCCUUGUUACCGUCCUUCCUCUCUCCUCAGGAGGGAUGGCUGAGGUUUCACGUAAAUUUCCCA